UCUGAGAGCUCAAACAAAAACAGCACGGACACAGAAGCUAGUGCAACCCCAGACGAAAAAGAGGAAGCCCGCUCAAGAUACCUGGUGAAGAUGCUGUGUCCUCGCGUAUUCCAAGCCUCCUACAAUCCACUGAUGGAUUUCCACUGGCCCGUGCGCAGUCUCUGGCCAGAGACACGACCCCUGUUCUUUCAGAUGGAGCAAGAAAUGAUGAGGCACAUGCAAGAGAUUAAGCACAGCUUAGAGUACAUGGAGCAACUUCACAGAAAGAUUUUUGAGGAGAUCGACCCACUUCCUCCUUCAGUGGUGUUCCAGCCGAUCACUUUCAAGAUGGAUAAGGAGGGAGACCGUUUUGCUCUGACACUGGACACGAAAGACUUUGCCCCAGAAGAGCUCUCUGUCAAACAAGUGGGAAGGAAGCUACGAGUGUCCGGAAAGAAUGAGAAGAAGCAGGAGGAUGGAAAAGGUUCCUUCUCUUACAAAAGACAGGAGUUCAGACAGGAGUUUGAUCUGCCUGAGGGUGUAAAUCCUGAAGCAGUGACAUGCUCCUUGCUGGAUGGGCAGCUCCAGAUCCAGGCACCAAGGGAAGCAUUGCCUGGAGCAACUGAGAGAGUGGUGCCUAUUGAUUGCGUACCUUCUGCGAAGACCCCGCAAGCACUUAGUUCAGAAAGUGAGAACAGCGUUGAUGCAAAAGAUUCUUCGAAGAACUGAACUGACUGUAAUGCUGGCAUAGUAUUCCACAGGAUUAUGAGGACUCAAUCAAUUCUUGAAAGAAAUGUGAUAUGCUCUAUUUUUAAUUAAAAUAAUUUAACUAAUGUAAAUCAUGAAGAUUAAUCUUUUUCACCAAAAAUAUAUAUUUUCCAAGACAUAUUUUGACAUG